AUGCAGACAGCAGCUGCUGUGUCUGCAGGCGCCCGAGCAUCAGACGUGCUGGGCGCUGCCCACCUGGCCCUGGAGCUCCCGGGCACAGGUGGCCAGCGCGUGAAGGCUGCACAACACACGCUUGGGCCUGCCAGCGUUCCCCGGGCCCGCCUGCUGGGCCUGCUCGGGGACACCAGCCUGCGCUUGGCCCCGAGGCGCCUGAGGCUCAUGGCCUUUGACACCGGCUCCAAGCACCCCCCUCCCCCCGCGGGCAAGCAGCUGUGGCUGCACCCACCUCUGCUGAGUGUCAUGGUGGCACCCUCAGGCCACAAGGGCCUGACCAUGGGCGGCCAACUCCCCCGCGAGACAACGCGGGUUCUGGAAGCUAACCACCCUGCCCGACGGCCUCUACGGCUCGGGGCGCAGCUGGCAUGCGCCUCAACAGGGUGGCCCCAAAGCACCCCCGCGUGGACCGCCCGGGGCCCUCCCGGAUUCCCGCGAACCGGCUGCGGCCGCCCACGCGGUGCACGCGACCCGCCGGGCGAGGACGCGGCCCCACUGCCCCGCGGGGGGCGGAGGGCGGGCGAGGGCGGCGCGCACCCUAGGGCCCAGCCGAAAGUCACCCCGGGGAGACACAGCAAGCCGCCUCCACCACCCCUGGGUGCCGGGCCCGCGGGCCGCGGCGGCCGUGAGGCCUCGGGUGGGCGCCCCGCGCUCGGCUCCGCACCCCGCCCGCCGCGCCCUAGCGCCGAGCCUCGCCCAGCCGGGCUGACGGGAGCGUCCCGGGGCGGCCGCCCGGCUCAGAGUAGAGCCCCGACCGAGGGCUGCGCCGGGGCCUCGGAGCCGCGGGGGCCGCCGCCGCUUCCCCCUCACCGCCCCCGGGACGCCGCGACCGGCCGUCGGGGCGCCGCCCGCCGAACUCCGCCCCUGACGCCCGCGCGGUCAGAAACUGCAAAAGACUCCUGGAAGGACAUUUACACCUUUGUGGAGAAAAUGGUGAAGAAGUACCCAAACCCAAAACUGAGGGUGUCCUUCAUCACCUACUCCACAGAGGGCCGCACGCUCAUGAAACUCACCUCAGACAAAAAUAAAAUCCGCGAUGGUCUUGCUGAGCUCCAGAACAUAGUGCCUACGGGAGCCACACACAUGCAGGAAGGAUUCAUAAAGGUAAACGAGCAGAUCGAAGAGGCAAACUCUGGAGGCCCAAGUACUUCCAACCUGAUUAUUACUGUGACCACGGCUCCGAUACCAUCCACGUCACUACCAAUGAUUAAUUUCGAAGUCAGCAAGGCUGUGAGGAUGAAGAGCACAGUGUAUUUUGUGGCUUACAAGGACUAUAAGAAAGAGGAGCUGAGGAAUAUUGUUCAGACGCCAUCUCAAGUGUACGAGGCAGAGCGGUUCCUGUCUCUGAACCGCAUGCUUAACUCGCUCGUGGGAAAUUCCUGUACAAAAGUUACAAGUGAGACGACUUACUUCGUGUGUUUAAAAGAAGACUACAGUAUACGGUACAGAAUACCCAGCUCCUAUCAAAGCAGGAAGGAUGAAAUUCUUUGCAGAUAUAAGUUGAAAGACAACAGUGUCUAUGAAAAAAAACCCUACCGUAUAAGUCAAAACAAUAUAUUUUGCCCAAGACACGAAUUUCAGAAGGAUGGAGAGGUGCUCCAGAGUGAUUACAGCCUGGACAAUGGCAAGACCUAUGAAGGCAACCUCAAGAUCACUGCGAUUUUCUGUGAUGAUCCGUUACAAGAUGUAGACAACCAGCCAGAGACCACGGUGCUCACAGUCGCCACAGCAGAGACCACAGUAACCACCGCAGAGACCCCGCGGACAACCACGGACGCCCUGACCACCACACAGUCGACCACGGAGCCCGUGACCACCAUGCAGACCAUCUCAGUUGUCAAACAGGAGAGCACGGCGAACACAGACAUCCUUCCACAUCACUUGGGGCCCACAGGCAUCAGACCAAAAACCACACCGAAGGCCAUUGUAACCACAGUGCCCAUGGUCGUCACAGAGGACGUAUAUGCACUGGUGAUCCUAACCUUGGGUGUGAUCGUUCUGGUACUCUGCUGCUUCUACUGCUGCCUGAGGCCUUGCAAGGAGCUACCAGCAGUGCAGAUAAUACAAAGGGACUCCAACAUGUGUACACACACAUGUACCAGGCUGACCCUCCCCUCUUGUAGGUUCCAGGAGAACAACAUGAGACGGAUAGAGGGCAAGCUGGACACCUUGUGUGACUUUGUUCAAUGCUGCAAUCAGAUGCCGUUGCUGUGGCAUCAGCCCAGGAGCAAGGUGUGCUGCCUGGGGAAGAUGCAGGCCCUUCCUUACCACUAUGUGCAUUUCCGGGAGCUAGAGGGGCCAGACAUGCUGUCGGAUGGCCGGUGUGCCCAGGCCCGCUCCGCCUGUCCAUGCUUCAACUUCAUCCUAGUGAACCCCCACUGCAGGCCGUGACUCUACUAUAUGAGAUAUAUUCAUACUGCUCCCGCCAGGACAACGCACCUGGUGUCCUCUGGAUGCAGACAUGGAUGCC